CCAUUUUUGCCAACGCCAGGCACCCCCAUACAGCCUUGGAAGACAUGGAAAUCGAGUUUUAUGAAUUACCUCGAUGUUAUUGAAGCGGAUCAGUAUUCGGCUAAGCGCAAACGUGCCUUACUUAUAAGCUUGCUUGGCCAGGAGGGCCAGCGAAUAGUAGCUACAUUUAACAUGGCAGGACCCGCCGUGAACGAGAACGUAACAGAGUUUGACGUUUUAUUAACGGCUCUUGACGGUUAUUUCGCUGCUGGUACGAACGUGGUCCUUGAGCGGAAAAAGUUUCACAGUCGUGUCCAGGCGCCCGGCGAAAGCGUACUGGAUUUCCUUGGAGCGCUCCGGCACCUCGGAUCGUUUUGCGACUAUGGUGACUCUCUUGACGAUCGAAUCGCGGAGAUGUUUUUGACGGGACUUAGAUCAUCGGAGGUACAGGAUCGGUUGAUCCGAGAGUCUGUGGGGGCUGCCGCACCGAGCCUCGAACGUGCUGUCUCCCUUGCACAACAGUUCGAGCAGACAUCUCGAGACUGCGAUAUGUACCAUCGAUUAGGAGCCGCAGUUCGUCGCUAA